CGGACAGGUUCACAUUGAGUCGGUUACGUUCUGGGCAGCAAGUGCACGCGUUUUGUGAGGUAGUUAUUCUAGGUUCUAGGAGAGAUGAGUUCGACGAUCCCUAUCAAGAACAUUCCGGAAACGUUUGCCGGGGCGGAUGUGUUCAUCACGGGGGGUUCCGGCUUCAUGGGCAAGGUGCUGAUCGAGAAGUUGAUCCGAUCGUGUCCGGAUAUUGGGCGGGUGUUUGUGCUGUUGCGACCUCGCCGGGGCAGAACUCCGGACGAACGUCUCCAGGAGUUGGUGCAGGUGCCGCUCUUCGAUGUGAUUCGUGCAACUUGUCCUAAUGAUAUUCGGAAGAUCGUGCCGAUCAGUGGGGAUUGUUCGGAGCUGAAGCUGGGACUGGACGAAGAAAGUUUGAAGAGAAUGGAGAAUGUUCAGUUUGUGUUUCAUGCCGCGGCAAGCGUCCGCUUUGACGAUCCGCUGGAGAAAGCGAUCCUGUUGAAUACCCGGGGAACCCGUGAAGUGAUUCUCUGGGCUAAGACGCUGAAGAACUUGAAGGCCAUGGUGCACAUCUCGACGACCUACAGCAAUCCGGAGAUAUUCGAUGUCGAGGAACGAAUCUAUCCGGCCAAGAUGGACUGGCGAAAGGCGAUCGAGCUGGCCGAAACGUUGGAUCCUGAAAUGCUGGAAACAUUAUCUCCAAAGUUAUCCGGAUUUGCCCCAAAUACGUACACCUUUACCAAGGGAUUGGCAGAGCAUAUCUGCAACGAUUAUCACCAGGAACUACCGUUGGUCAUCUUUCGACCUUCGGUUGUGACCGGAUCUGAAGCGGAACCGUUUCCCGGGUGGAUCGACAACUUCAACGGCCCGGUAGGGCUGUUGAUGGGCUGUGGAACAGGUGUACUGAGAACGGGUAAACUAAACCUGGAAAAUAAGAUCAACUGUAUUCCGGUGGACGUAAGUAUCAACGCCAUCAUGAUAGCUGCCUGGAAGAGAACCUAUGAGCCUGAAGGUACCCUGACGAUCUACAACAGCGCGGCGGAAAAGCACAAGACUGCUGAUUAUUCUUUCCUGACCACGGAGGGACAUGACAUCUACAUGAGAAUGCCGGUAUCCCAAGUGUUUUGCGCACCGGGAGGACACAACGCGUUUGAUACAUAUUCUUACUAUCUGCUCUUCUUCCUUUAUCAGCUCUUACCAUCCGCGUGUGCUGAUCUGGCACUGAAAUUAAGUGGACGAAAACCCUUCCUCCUGAAACUCCAGAGGAAGAUCUUCAACGCGCAAAUCUCCCUAAAACACUUUACGGACAACGAGUGGGAAUUCAAAACGGACAACUUUCGGAGCCUGGCGAAUGAUUUGAACGAAACCGAUCGUGAAACGUUUAACAUCAGCUACCUGCGCAAGGGGACGUACGACUAUUUCGAAGAUUGCAUCCUUGGAGCCCGGCGGUACCUGAUGAAGGAGCCGGACAGUACGAUUCCGAGUGCUAUUAAAAACAUGAACCGAUUGGUGAUAAUUUACAGGACGGCGCAGGCCGCUUUCUUUGGUUUUGUUAUGUAUGUACUGUACCAGAAGGUAUUACUUUGGACCGCAUUGGAAUAAACUGUGGAGUUCUGGAAAUACCAAAAUAGCAAUUUUCCAUCAUUAGUUUUUUCAUACAUAACAAU